AAGAGUUGUUCUCAGUCGUCUGUCGUCGUUCCUCGGGGACAGAGUGGAUCAGACCGUACUCCAAACCUGGUGUGGACGCUCCGCUGCUCCCUCCUGACUCCUCCUGACUCCUCCUGUCUCCUUCUCCUGACUCCUUCUCCUCGCCUGCAGGGAGACGAGAUGCCGCGCUGCCUCUGGUUCCUGCUGCUCUUCUCCGGGAUGCUCCAUGUGGGUUCUGCACUCAGCUGCUAUAGGUGCUCGGAUUACACGGGCCGCUGUCAGAACGUGCAGGAGUGUACAUAUGAGGACUCGUGUAUUUCUCUGAGUGAGAGAGGCGGGAAGACGAUCCGUCAGUGCAUCAGGUACACGGACUGCGAUAACUCCCGCCUCACUCAGAUGUUCCCGGCGAUCUCGGGCUUCACGUACCGCUGCUGCAGCAGCAACCUGUGCAACUCCAGCAACGCUGUUGCCACGGCAACGUCCAUGCUGGCCCUGGUGGGGUCCCUGCUGAGCUCCUGGUGGUGCUGGAGCUAAAAGUUUAAAGGAGUUUAAAUGUUUCUGUUAACAUGAACUAAACUGUUGACAUUUACAGGUUCUCAGGUCACGUUUGGAAGAAAGAUUUUUCACCUUGUUUGCUAAUUUUCAAUUUCAUACUUUUACCAUUUUAAUAAUAAAUACGAGAAAACCACUAAA